UGUGUUUUGUAAUCAAAUACAUGUAUAUAUACGUAUUUAUGUAUUCAAUUUCAUUUGUUCUUCACACGCAGGACAAAUAAUAGCAAUAGCAAGAAUAUUGUGAGAAUUUCUUUUUGGACUUUGUGACAGUUAUGCUUUUGAAUUUGGUGGUCCGUUUAAAUUAGGUUUUGCGUGUAUAUAUACAUACAUUUGUCAGAUUCAUCAUGUAGAUUAUAAAAUUUUCUGAGAACUUCUUUUGGUACAAUCGGUUUUGUAUGUUAAUUUUGUGAUUCUGUUAUAUAUUUGUGUAUGUGUUUAUGAUGUUCUUAUACUUUUCUGAUAACUUAUUUUGUUACAUUCGGUUUUGUAUGUUAAUUUUGUGAUUCUAUUAUAUAUUUGUGUAUGUGUUUAUGAUGUUCAUAUUCAUACAUUUUUCAGAUUGAUCACGUAGAUUAUAAAUUUUUCUGAGAACUUAUUUUGGUACUUUGUGGUUGUGCGUGUUAAUUUUUGUGAUUCUUGAACCGUGUAUGGACACAAAGACCUGUAUACCUUCAUUUAUGAAUGUCAGAUCAUAGUUUGUGGUUAUCUGGUUUAAACACAACAAUGAACCAGUGGAAGAUUAUUGAGUUUGAGGAAGGAUGGGAGUUUAUGCAGAAGGGGAUCACUAAGCUGAAGAAUAUUGUAGAAGGGCAGGAGUCAGAGUUCAGCUCUGAAGAGUAUAUGAAGUUAUACGAAAACAUCUAUAACAUGUGCACACAAAAGCACCCAUACGAUUAUUCUCAACAGCUCUAUGAUAAAUACAAGGAGGCGUAUGAAGAGUACAUUAAUUCAACGGUUUUGCCAUCUUUAAGAGAGAAGCAUGAUGAAUUUAUGUUGAGGGAGCUGGUGAAAAGAUGGGCAAAUCAUAAAUUUAUGGUCAGGUGGCUUUCACGGUUUUUCCAUUAUCUUGAUCGCUAUUUUAUUGCUCGAAGGUCGCUUCCUGCACUUAAUGAAGUUGGACUCAAUUGCUUCCGUGACCUGGUUUACCAAGAGAUGAGGGGUAAAGUUCGAGAUGCCGUUAUCACACUGAUUGAUCAAGAACGUGAGGGUGAGCUGAUCGACAGAGCUUUGCUGAAGAAUGUUCUGGGUAUAUUUGUUGAAAUUGGGAUGGGACAAAUGGACUGUUAUGAAAAUGAUUUUGAAGAUGACAUGCUUAAAGAUACUGCUGCUUUUUACUCUCAAAAAGCAUCAAACUGGAUUGUGGAAGAUUCUUGUCCAGAUUUCAUGUUGAAGGCCGAGGAAUGCUUGAAAAAGGAGAGGGAUAGAGUUUCGCAUUAUAUGCACUCGAGCAGUGAACCAAAGCUAGUGGAGAAAGUGAAAAACGAGCUGUUGGUGGUAUACACGAACCAGCUUCUUGAAAAGGAGCACUCUGGAUGCCGUGCAUUGCUUAGAGAUGAUAAGGUGGCGGAUCUCUCUAGGAUGUACAGGCUCUUCUCUGAAAUUCCUAAAGGCUUGGAACCGGUUGCUAGUUUGUUUAAACAGCAUGUUACCGCCGAAGGUACAGCCUUGGUCCAACAUGCUGAAGAUGCAGCAAGUAGCAAGGUCUUGGUCAGAAAAGUGAUUGAGCUCCACAAUAAGUAUAUGGCAUAUGUUAAUGAUUGUUUUAUGGGCAAUUCUCUCUUUCACAAGGCCGUGAAAGAAGGUUUUGAGGUAUUUUGCAACAAAGCUGUUGGCGGCGCGUCCAGUGCAGAACUACUGGCUUUAUUUUAUGAUAAUAUCCCGGAGAAGGAGAAGGGUGGGAGUGAAAAUGAUGCAGCAGAGCAUAGUCAUAGACUUGACUGACGGAUGGAUGUACGUACACUAGACUAAGAUAAGGAGGAUGCUAUGGCUGCACAUCUCUGUGUUGUAUUUGACACACAGAUUUUAUGUUUUCUUAGUCAUUGUUCCUCAUUUAAUGGAACUCGUUAUUUCAGAUAUUUUGAGGUUCCUAUAUUGGACUUUGGUAAAGGGUUUCCACUUUGAAAUUGUAAUUAGUACUUUUUGUCUGUCCGACUUAAAAUUUGCAAGAAGGUCCUAGUUCAUUUUU